AAGUUACUCCCUUCCCUCUCGACCUCUCUCGAGGACAUCUUUACCCACUGGGAAAAAACUCCCUCAAAUUCCAGGAGAAGAAAAGUGAGUGAUGAGGAGUCAGCCGUCCCAGAAAAGAUCAGAGUUCCUGAUCCCGUGAGCAGCUCUGAAAGCUCAGAGAAAGAAGAGGAUGAGAAAGAGAAGGCGAAAGCUGCAAACGCGACCAGCCUUUCCCUGGCCACAAACUCAGGAGUGAAUGUAGAAAGCAGUGAAGAUGAUGACUCCUCAUCAGAAGAGGAGACACCGGCUGGAAAAGGCGCAAUUACGGUGACACCAGCUGUGGUGAGUGGCAAAGCUGCCAACUCCCUGCAUUCUCCCACCAAACCUGCUGGCCCAGCAGGCAAAGCAGCAGUGCUCUCUGCUGCGAACAGAACUGUGAUCUCAAAUAAGCAGCAGCCCAAUGCACCAGCUGCAUCUGCAUCUCCAGCCAAGGCUGGGCAGAGACUACCCAGUCCUGGGAAGCCUGGACAUGCUGCAACAGCCGUGGCCAAAGUAGGUCAAAGCAAAGCACCAGUAACGACCAAAGCACCAGAAAGCUCCAGCAGCAGCAGCUCGUCAUCGGAGAGCGAGGAGGAAAAAGAGACGCCGACUGUGAAGGCCUCAGCCCCCAAAGUGGAGCUGAAGCAGGCAGCUGGGGCUGCUGAGAGCAGCAGUGAGGAAUCAAGUGAUGAGACAUCCUCCGAGGAGGAGCUUGCAGCUCCAACGGUUCAGGCAAAACCAGCUGUGAAGACAGCGCAAGUUAAUGCAGCACCUGUGAAAAGUGCGCCUGCUGCUCCAGUGUCCUCCAAGAAGAACACAGUGAGGCAAACGGCUGUGGCACCAAACCAUGCCAAACCCGCAUCCACGACGGUUCCUGGGGCUGCAAAGCCUGAUGACACAUCAGAGAGCAGCGACUCAUCAGACAGUGAAGAUGAGGAACCUCCAUCAGUAACCCAAACAAAGCCACCUCUGAAAUCCUCCCAGACCAUCCCAUCCCCAGUGAAACCUACACCAGCAGCAUCACUUUCCGGCAAAGCAGCUCCAGCAAAAACGCUUCCACUGUCCCAAGGGAAGCCAGCACCAAAACCAGCCGUGCCAAAGCAGGCCAAAACCACACCGGGAAGGACUGCUGCUCCCACAAAGCCUGCUGAAAGUAAGAAGCCAGUAGAGAGCUCUGACUCUUCAGGCAGUGAAGAGGAGGAUCUCCCUGUGCCUGUCAGCCAGAAGAGGUUAGCAGAACAGCCUGGGCCUGUUCCCAACCUGAGCCAGGCUGCUAAAGCUGGGCCGCCUGACAAAGCAGUGGGAAGCACCUUGAAAAGCCAGGCCUCGCAAAGCGGGAGCAGUGACUCAUCUGACAGUGAAGAGGAGUCCCCUGCGGCACAGACACAGCCACCGCAAGCCGUCUCUUAUGGUUUUCCUGCAGUGAAAACCAAUGCUGUGCCUCAGCCAACAACUGUGAAGAAGGCACCGGCUCCGGCAGCAGCACCAGCCCCUCCCCCUGUGGACAGCAGUGAUGAUUCCAGCGAGGAGUCAGAUUCAGAAGAAGAAAUAGUCCCUCCAUCUCAGGCCCCCCCUCCUCCUGGCCUAAAGCAAACGGUUCCUGUUGGAAAAGCUCCCCCAGCCAACACUGCUGCCCCACAGGCUGCUUCGCUCCUGGGAAGUCCCACCGCCACGUCAAGGAAGCCAGGCCUGCAGCCAGCGCAGGGUGCCCGGCUGAGCGGGGCCGCACCACCCACCCGGGCAGAGGCGACCUCAGACAGCAGCAGUUCCUCAGACAGCGACGAGGAGGAGACGUCCAAGCAACCCCCCAAACCUGGCUCACUGCAGAAACCAGGAGGGACCCAGCCAGCCCACAGCUCCUCAGAGUCCAGUGAGGAGGAAGAGGAGGAGGCAGCGUCACAGUCCCUCCUCACAGGCUAUCUGGGCCUCCCCAGAACCCCAGCAGCACCCCAGGCACCAAAGACAGUUCCCCCUCAGCCUGCAGACAAAGUGGGGCAAGGGAAAGCAGCCGUGACUGCUGCCAACUCCCUCGCCAAGGCCUCUGCAAAGGCAGCCCCAGCCAACAGCUCCAGCAGCGACAGCAGUGACUCCGACACAGACGUCGACCAGGUGGCUGCCAACCACAAAGCAGAAAAUAACCGCCCUCCAGGGCAGGAAGCCACAGGAGCCUCCAACAAAGAGAAGGUGGCAGGAAAAAUGGAUCCACAUCAUGCCAGCCUCAAACCUUCCCCAGUCAAGAAGGCCCUGGCCAUGAAAGAGAACGAUGUUGGGGCAAAAGGGGCACAAGCAACCCCAGCAUCAUGUGCACCGUUCUCCAUUCCACAGUCAGAGGAGUCAAGCUCAGGUAGUGAAACUGAGGUCACUGCUGCCAAAGUUCCUGAAGUGCAAACACCAGAAGGUUUAGAAGUGAAGAAGAAGAAGAAAAAGGAGAAGAAAGAAAAGAAGGAAAAGAAGAAACCUUCCUCCACGGCAGACAAGGCUGUGAAAACACCUAAGAGCAAAGACAAAGAGAACAAGAAGCAGAAAACAUCUCAGAAGCGGAAACUGCCAGGAGAGGAUGGGGCUGUUGGGCAGCCCAAGGAGAAGAAGCGGAAAGGGCAAGCUAAUGAAGAAGUAUCCAAAAAGAAAAAGAAGAAAGCAACUGGUGACCUGGAGAAGCUGCCAGGUGGCAAGGAGAGGAAAAAAUCAGCUAAAAAAAAAAAGACUGGAAAAGAAAAGAAGAAGAGUAAAAAGGUGUCUUCAGAAGGGGAGCCAGCAGCAGAUGGCUCUGCUGAGGUUCACAAGAAGAAGAAGAAGAAGAAGAAAACAGCUGAGCCUGAAGCAUCGUGAGAAGGUACAUGGCCUGUUGGGACUAUCAGUUGGUACCUCUGAACGGCGGUAACCUUGGCCAAAUUCAGUACUCCUGGGCCAGUCUUGGGAAGACAAUGUGCCCUCUAAACAUCCACUGAGUCAGCCUGGCCUUAGCUUAGAGGGCCAGGGAGUGGAGCGGUGUAAGGAAAGUCCUAACAGCAGUGUGCUGGCUUCUCUGGAUGUGUUUUGACCUCAACUCUUUAGCUGCUGAGAACUGGAUGUCCAGCCUGGAUGUUGCCGUCCUCUGUCAUCAGCAGAGAUAAGCAGCCUCUGGCAGUGUUGGUCUGUCCCUGCUGACCACAGGGAUCUCGGAAAAGUAAUGUGGAUUAGAUGGUGAUGAUGUAGCCACCUGGAAGUGGACCAGAUGACUCUGCCCUUGCUCUGCUCAGCUGUAAGGCUGUUCCCCCCCUCCCCAUCCCUAACUCUUAACUCCUCUCCCCAAAGGUACCGCAUCCCUGUGAUUAAGGAUUUAUGGGUGAAGAUCAAACAGAAGAGAGGAAAAGGAAGGUCAUCAGGAGAAUUCCAACUUUUUUUUUUUUUAAAUAAUUUAUAACUUCUUUUAACUGUGACUUUUAGAGCAGAGCAGCAUAACUUUCUGCCUCCUCCUGCCCUGCUGGGGCCCAGAGACAUG